GGGGCACAGCCGCCGCCAUGAUGGCGGGCGGCACUGCGAGCUGUGCUGGGCCUUGUGUGGCUGCGGGUGGGACAUGGCUGGCCCAGGCCUUCCCAUACAGCUCCUAGCAGCAGCUCAGGAGUUGGCCCAGGCCAGAGCUGUCAUGUUCUCCCGGUGGGGUUCUCAUCCCGCAGCCCUUGGCCUUGGGGCAGGAUCUUGAAGCGCUCUCUUUGGCGUGCAGGAGAGCCGAGGCCGCUCUGAGGGCCGUUAAUCCACAGCCUGAGGCAGCGGCUUGGCAUGGGAUGAACAAUUCUCUGUCUGUGCUGGCUGCUUUUCUUUUUUCUUAUUCCUGCACCAUUUUAUACUGAUUUAAAUCAGUGAAGGGUGUCUGGACUCUUAUGCUGACAGCACAGCUUUAAAAGGGUGAACAUUGGGCAUGCGAGUGCUGUCCCAAGGAGAUGGACUGAUCCAGCACAGAGCUCAGCCAGAGUCCAACCUCACACCUGACAACGGGACAGCAGGCUGGGACCUCCAGGUCAGAUUUCCCAGCAUAGCAGAGCUGGGAGGGGUGCCAAGGGACGGCCCCUCCCCCUCCCUAUGGACCCCCCCAAUUCAGUGCUGCUGUGCUGGGUGCUCAUUGCUGCUCACUGCUGCAGUUGUUCCUGCACGGAGCUGUGCGCAGAGCCCCGCAGUUCUGCCUGCAGUGCAGCACUGAGCUGAUGGCUGGGUAAGACAGCACUGCUGCAGCUGUGUAAUUCAGCCCUAUAGCACAGACCUGAGGGUUACCAUCCUGUCCCAGAGGGAAAAAAAAAUCGACCUCCCCUGACAUGUGUACAGCUCUUGUCUUAAUGGAUCUGGACUGUUACUUGGCUUUUUGCACAGAAGAUGACUUUGUAGGCAGGUGAUAGCAUCUUACCUCUGUGUUAGUUUUCUGCUGUGAGUCCACCAGUUCCCAUUCCAUUUUUCUGUUGUUCCCUUACCUGCAGGGCAGGACUUGGCCCAGGGAGAUGCUCAACCUGGGCUUGGAGCUACUCCUGUGUGUCAGGGUGAUGCUGUGCUCUGGGCUUGCCGUCCCUCUCAGCUCUGUGGCAUCUCUACGUUCUCGGUCUCCUUCCCACUCUAUAUCAUGCCCCAUUAAUGAGACUGCUGAACUGAUCACCACAAAGGAGUUGUGGUAGGAAGAUGUAUGAAUAGAAGGAUCCCUCUGUACUCACACUGUGUCUUCCGUUCAUACCCAAUAACCAUUGCUCACCAUGUCCAGAGCUGUAUUUUGGUCCUCUCUGACUGCUGAUUCCAAUAGCAGCUCUUAACAAUCUCUGUGCCACUACUGAUAAGACUUCUGACUCUCACCUGAACCAGGGUGCAGUUUCAGAGGGCACUGGCCCUUCUUGUUUGCUCAUCACCCUUUCAUCCUUGCGUGUUUCCUUCGCUUUGCUUAUGAAAAUCCACGUGGGGGACAGUGUCAAAGGCCUUAAUGAAGCCCAGGCGCCCUACACCUACUGCUUCUUCAGCUCUCUGGUGUAACUCUUACCAGUUUAAGUAACCAGCACAGCUGUGAAUUUGUAUGGCCCAUUCCUUUCUCUGCCUUCACAAACGUGUGUUCUUCCUACUUCGGAAGGCCAAACACCACAUCGUUUUAGAGAUGAGAAGCUCCCUUGGCCCGGAUCGUUCUCCUCUAGGAAUGUUGAGGCGAGUUAGCAGGAUUCUGUGUUGCUCUUGCAGAUAAGCAGAGUCUUGUUCAUUGAGGUUGGCAUAAAAGUACCUAAUAUAUAAAUAAAUAAAUGCAAACCAGACUGUUAAAUAACCUGUUGACAGCUCUGCCUUGAGUUGGGACAUGACUGUUCCCUCCGUGAAGUUGUGUUGCUGCCUCCUUGUAGGGCCUUCGUGCUUCAGGCAAGUGUUGAGUCAGAGCCCUUCUGACACAGCAGAUGCUGAAUGACAAGGAAACACACGUGGAGCCACCCAUGUCCACCUUCAGACUGUGUUUGCAAGUUGUUUGGCUGCACACAGUCCUCUCGGGAUUUCAAACAGCUAGUCUUCUGGAAAGAAAAGUGCAUGUCAGCUGGGUUACCUUCUGUAACAGCUUCAGGACCAGAGGACCUACCAGCAGACCUGGCUGUGCUUUCCCUCACUUUACAGCUCUCCAGAAGUGCACUGUGACCGGUGUGUGGGUGAGAUAAGCCUGUUCUUCACACUGUGCUGUUGUGCAAUGUAGGUUAGAAGGCUUUUCCCUUUGGGAGAGGUCAGGAAGCAAAGCACAGCUGCUGCUUUGCCCAGUGCGCUGAAGAGAGCAGAGACUUGCCAACAAGGGGCCACUACCCAUGGCUCCCAUCUGAGCCUUAAGCUUUAUUUUCCCCAGUGCUCAAUGCAGAUCUGGUGGGACAGAUGUUCUCCUUUUGCCAUUUUAAGCUGGGUUCAGCUUCCCUACCUGAAGCCGUUACACUGCUCCUGGAUCAGACCACAGUUGUAUCUGGCUCAGUGUUUCUGCAGUGGCCAAGAACAGGGCCUUGGGGAAGGGGGUGGAUACAGGGCAAACCUGCAGUGCAUAGGUCCUGUGUGCUCUUCCAGCCCUUUGUGGCACAGGCAAUUACAGAGCUGGGUGUAACUUCUGUAGAUUUACUAACCCUCAAGAGAUGUCUCUUAUACUGCUUUAUCAGUCUGCCUCAAACCAAUAUAAACUUGGAGCACCCAAUGCCCCGUGGCAGAGUCCAACAGUUAUCUGCAUCACAAGGAGCAGCAUCUCUUCUUGUUUGUUAUGUUUACAGAGGCAGUGAAUAUUCGAUCCUUAUCCCUCUUCUCCAGACCAUUCAUAGUUUUAUAGCUCUGUCGUGAUCCCCCUGAAUUAUUGCAUUUUCCAGGCUAAGUAACUUCCUCUGUCAGUGAAUUCCCUCUGUAGAAGCCAUACUUCUAAUCAUCUCUGUUACAUAUCUUUUCUAGCUGUCAGCAGAGGCUCAGGUGGGACCAGAACUGCAAACUGGAGAUUCCUUCAUGAGACUUGGAGGGUCCUUGCAUAGUUCUUCACAGUCAGUCCUUGUCUCUGUUACUUUGCUGUUUUCCUAACAGCCAGCGUUCACUGCUGAAGGAGCUGCAGUGUUGGGUCUGCAGUACUCAUUGAAAUGGUUGAAGCAGAGCAAAGCACAGGGGUGCAAACUGUGGCAACAGCAAAGGAACUCCUGAGAAUGGGCUUCAGGAAAGACAGCUGAUAAAGUAUGGCACAAAGGAGCAGUGGAAGAAAGAACCGUAGGGAAGAAAAUCAUAGAAUCGGUAAGGUUGGAAAAGACCUCUGAGAUCAUCUAGUCCAACCAUCCACCUACCACCAGUACUGCCCACUAACCCUUGAACACAGACUAUCAAAGGGUAUCUCUUUGGGUGGACUAGCUGGAAAAAACUGGAAAGUGCCAUUUUCCUUCUGGAGCAUUCGUUGUCAUUCUGUUCAAGGACAGCAGAUUUUUCACGUGCUCCUUUAUUUCAGUGGUGUAUGCAGAACAGCAUUGAAAAUUAUCCAAAAGAAAGGAGCACCUCUGCAAUGGAGAAGGGCUGAGGGAGCUGGGGGUGCUCAGCCUGGAGAAGAGAAGGCUCUGGGAGACCUUCUUGAGGGCUUUCAGUUCUCAAAGAGAGCUUACAGAUAGGAGGAGAGCGACUUUUUUCCUGGUCUCGUAGUGAUAGGACAAGGGGAAAGGCAGCUCUGCUGUCCAACCUUGUGGUUUGCCUGGGCUGCAUGGAGUGAGGAGGAAUUGUCUGGGGCUGUGCAUAAAAUAUGUUAUAUGGUCAAUGUAUAUAAGUAACAAAAUGUCUUUAUUUUUUAUGUUAAAACAUAAAAUAGAGAGUAAAAAGAGUUAUGGGGUAUGUGACCUUGUAGCUGUGAAACUGAUGCAUGAGUGCCUGGUUCAUUGGCAGUGGCUGCAGCUCUCAGGGUGUUCUCAGAGAUGUCUGAUGAAAUUUCACUCUUCCUAUGCUUCAUCCUUGAAAUCAGGUGUUCACAAAUGGAUGUACUGCCAAAAGGCGAUGGCGUGAAUAGGGUGUGAUGGUGAUGUGAGGGGUAUCUUCCUGUGGUAAGAGAGGCCUGAUAGAGGUCUGGCAAAGAGACAUGGUCAAAUUUAUGAGUUGAACUGCAACUCUGUAUGUUCCAUUUGAAAAUUUGCAGGUCAUGUAUUUAUCCUGACAGAGAAUGGAGUUGCAGGUAUACCACUGUGACCCUGCAGGCACAAUGCUGUCCUGGCUUCAGACGCAUCCUGGGAGUGACGUGGAGCUUCGUGCUCCAUGGCAGCAUGGCCCUGCAUGCUUCCUUUUUCCAGAACUCUGCUCUCCCCCAGUGUUUGUUCUGUGCUGGGAGUUGGCAGCUUGCUGGAUGGCAUUUGUGUGCCAGGGGCAGCACCCACACCCGCUGGCUGCCCGCCUGUGCUUUGGUUUCUGCAUGAAGCAGAUGGUGCAGCAGACGCUGUAGUGCAGCGCAGGCAGCAGUGAUGGCACCUCCCCAAGUUUUUCAUGUGAUGGGUGUAAAAGAGCUACAAAACUUCCCUUUCACUACUGACAGACUUCACUGAUUCCAGUGAGGAAACCACAGUAAUCCCCAUUUUCAACAGAGUGUGUGUGGAAUCAUCUCGAGCCUCUUGGCCAGGCAAGCUCCCAGGGCUGAAGGGAGCGGGUUCUGCAGAGGUGCUGGUUUGGAUGUCCUCCCUGCACUCCUUCAGGAGGGCAAAAUACACCAUGGAUCAGAUGAUGUGUGAAGAAACAUACAACACCCUAUAAUUUGCAUGCCGGUGGAGAUCCUUCAUUUCAUAUGUGGCUCUCAGCUAUAAUGCUAAGAAUGUGGAGGUUAAAGUUGCUUGUGUCUGAUGAGCACAGCGAUGCAGUGUACUUGAUGUUGAUCUUGUUUGCUGUAUGGUGGCAGGGAUGCCUUUCCCAGCUCUGUAAAUGCUGCUGGGUGAUAAACUGCUUGGGUUGAUGCUUUGGGGCACUGUAGUCUGUAUGUGGUAUGGCACUGUGGGGCAAGGCUGACCUUAUCUGACCUGGGUAGGUGUUUAGAAUGGGACAAAAAAGACCCUGAGGAGAUAGCAAGAGAUCUACUGGAUCAGAGCAAGGGUUUGCUUACCCCAUGUCAUGUCUCCAGCAGUGGCUAGAAAUGGGCUCUAGGAGGGAGGUGGAAGGUAGGUCUUAGGUUUCACCAAGUGCUAGCUAGCUGGGGAAUGGAGCUUGGAGAAGUGAACUGAACUGAUAGGGGUGGGGGAAAAGGAGCAGCAGAGAGGGACCUGUGGGUUGGAUGAAGGAGCCCCAUCCCCAGCAUCCUGCCAGCAUGUGAAUGCACCAGCAGCCGAAGGAGGUGUUGGAGGGGGCAUGAGAACAGUGCUCAUGUGCAGUAAGAUUUCUGGCUUUGAGGGACUUCCUGAGUUGUAGGACUUCAUGGUUUUACAUUUAACAGUCUUCAAAAGUUUCUUCCCUUCAUUUUCCUUAUCAUUUUCAGGACUUGUAUGAACUUCUGGCUCUGAUAGCAUCCUGCAAGCAGUGAUUCCUGUGGCUUUGCCGCUCGCUCUGAACCUCUGUCUGGUUAUUCUGAUAUCCCAUCACUUUGUGUUUUACAAACUGCAGCAAACGGCACCUGCCUCUAUUCCUCUGCAGAUCUUAUAGCUCUCUGUGUAGGGCAGCAUCCCUACCCCCACAUUUCUGGGGUGGGCAGGACAGACCCUGUGUGUUGGAUAAGUAUCCCAAAGGCAACACUGAGCUGGGGCUGCUUUCCCCACAUGCAGAGUGCUGCCAGGUCUGUGAAGUGCUGGAGGGAUGCCCACGUGGUGUUUGUGAAAUGAAAUGUGACGGUAAGAUUUGUUUUUGAGGACAAGUAACAGCAUGGGGCAUUGAGUCCGAGAGGAAAAGCAUCUUCCUCUAGUGCAGUAUGGGACAUUUGUUUCCGACCUGUGAGGAAGGCCGCUUGGCCUGUGGUGUGACACGAUCCCACCUGCCUGCCAACCUCUGUGCCUGCCCAUAAAGAAAAGAAAUGUUGCUAACUUGAAAUAUGAGGGCAGUGUGGAGCUUCUAGAAAGAGAGAACUUACCUGUUCCAUGUGCAAGGCAUCUUUUGAUACCUGGCAGUGAGCAGCAUGCUGAGAGGCUUUGCAAGUACAGUUCUGUUUCUGUGCAGGAGCUCCAGGUUCCUUGGCACAGGGCUCCCAUUGCAUGGACACCGCACAGCUCGGUUUGGUGCUCAUGUAGGAACAACCUGAUGGAAGCUGCUCUACCCAACGGCUGAAGGCUCAGAUCUGCUUGCAGUGAGCUUUGACUCGUGGAUGUUCUGGGGAUUUGGAAGGGGAGCCAAAGCAGAGCUGCAGCUGUGCAGAGAAGGGCAGUUCCCUGCUGGCCAUGGGGAAGCAGCAGGGACUGUGCUCCAGCCCCAGCACUGCUCUGAGCACCUACAGACAUUGAGCAGCUGAGGGAGCUGCAAUGCUCUGCUCCUUGCAGGCUGCCAGCUCUGCUCCUGGGGCUGGGGAAGUCAUUUUGCACUGCGAGGGGUGCAGCAGGAGAUGGGAGUGUCAGUGCAGGAGCCGUGUGACAGUGACGCAGCAGAUCCUCUGCAGCCGCAGUGCUGCAGUCCCCAGCACUUGCUGUAGAUGCUGUUCGGGAUUUUUGUUGUAGUCUCCUUGAACACUGUGGUUAUUUUUGGCUGCUGUCUCAUCAUUUCACAUGUCUGGCAUUGCAUUAGUCAAUACUAAACCCUUUCCAGACUGUUUCUCUUGUUGUGACUUUGAGAAUUCCCUCUUCCAGCAGAUGCAAAUCCUUCCAAUGGGCAUCCAGUCGGUGCCCCAGAAUGCACACAUCCCUACAAGUCACUUGACUUUUUGCCUUUGUGUUCAGUGGGGCCGGGGUGCCCCUAUACACACUCUGUGUGAGCAAACACAUCAUCUGCUGCUUUCCAGCGCGGCGUUGGAUGCCUGCGGCUGGCGUGCAGGAGUAGUGACACAUCGCAGUCUUGGUGGGCUCUGACUAGUUCUUGUUUAGUCUAUCUUUCAUUUUAUACUGCUUUUUCUUCUGGGGUGUUUUUUCUCCUGUUCCCAUGUCUGCGUAUUGUUCUGUGGGGUCAGGAAUGGGGCGCUGGAAGGAGCUCAUAAAAGGCAAAGUCAAAUUAAGACAGACUUUCCUUCCGUCUUUAGCUGGCUCUGGCCACAGUAUCCUUAUCUGCUGCAGCUGGUGACACCCAUGUCCUUUUUCUGUAUAAGUGGCAGUGAUGUUUGGCUUCACAAAUGAGAAAUGACACACUGGACUCCUCCCAGCCUGUCCCACCCUGGGGCAGGGAAGAGAAAUCCCACCACUGCCCUCAUCACAGUGAGUGAUGAUACAGACACCAAUCAGCGGUGUUACCACGUCUGAAUGUGACACGUUUGAAUUAAGGAAAGUAUGUUAGGUUAAAAGUUAUGCGAGGUGUUAGGUGAGGAGCACAUCACGUUCACGCUCCCUUGCAUACAUAUGCAGCACCAGAAACCCUUCAGUUAAAACUGCAGAUGCUUAUGCACACAGGGCGGACUCCUGCAAACACACCUAAACUGUGCUUUGGGUGGAAAUGUGCCAGAGUGGAGUCUGAUCCAUUUCCCCCCCGAACCUGUUUGGCCAUUUGAGGCUGCAGAGAGGAAUCCCCAUACUGGCCUGGCUUUGCUGAUGUGUCUGUAGUGAAGGCCUUACGCCUGCAGUGACUGCAGACUGCCCAGUCUGGUGCCCCGUGUUGCCUGAGGCUCCCGUUCCCCAGGUGUGCACAAACACUCCCAGCAUUGUGCUCAGUGCAAAAAUCCACUUCCCACGGGUGUUCUGAGUAAUAGCUGAGCAGAAAAUAGAGCAGGGAGGAUCUGAGCUCACCCCGAGCAUCUGGGGAGGAGGGAGGAGUACCAGGUGUGUGCUCCAACAGAAGAAUGUGGACAACAACCCUGUGCUGUUUCUCCCCAGAAACUGGACCAUGUGUGAGCUGAGGAAUGCAGAGCUCAGGUCUGCCAGCAUGGAGUACCCCCAAGGACUCGAGCUGCAGUGGGGUGAAUUGUGAUUCUUGUCUCCAGUUAUUGCUGUGCUUGAAGCUGUUGACUUGCUGUUGCCUGUGAUGGGUGCUGCUCUGUAGUGACUGCUGAAAACUGCUCCAGCUUCAAGAGCAGGAGAAAUGAGUGAAAAAAUGGCUGCAGGCCAAGGCAUGAAUAGCUCUCACUCAUCUUUAGGAUUGGCUAAGCCUGAAAUGUGAGGUAUAGGAUGUGCCACUGCCUCACAGUGACGGGUGCUGUAAGAGGUUAAGUGCCAGAUGUACUCAUACAAGAUGAUGGAGUCCUCCAACAUGCAAUAUGUCUGUCUUGGUUCAGUGGAGAAGAUGGUGGCAGUGGGUGCCAACAGCUGUUCACACAGGAGCACGUUGAAGAUGCUCUAAAGCUUGUGGGGCUCAUUACCAACAGCCCUAUCAGAGCAAGGGGUGGGACAUGUAAUGCAAGACCCUUCUUUGUGGCUGGAGAGGAGCAGUGUGAUGCUCCUAAGGGCUUCCAGCAGAAAUCAUGUUUAUGAAUCUGGUAGUAGUUGUUCUGUUGCAGUUCCUGAAAUGAAACAGGGUUAUCUCCCAGUUCAUGAAGUGCAUCAGGCAUGGGAUUUAAACACAUAGCUCAGUGUUGCAUUCAAAAUAACACAAGUUCUGUACAUCUGCUGAGUGUUUCCUACUGGUCAGUCUCUGGAGCUGCAGCGGUGCAUGGGCUGCUUCUGUGGAUAGCAGCUCUGCUGUGGCCAUUUGUGUGUUAACAGCACACAGCCCCCCGCAGAGUUUGACCUCACUUUAUCAGUGAUUCACACUGCUCUGUUUAACUGAACUGUCCUUACUAUGUUUGCCACCAUCUCCGGUUUUUGCUGUAUCCUUUUCAGGCUGGCAGUGCUGCUGGAGGUCUCUCGCCUUUGUUCAAAGCAGGACCAACUUCAGACAGCCACUACAGAUCACAUUUUAUCUCCAUUAAUUCCCAUCAGCCUUAGAAACUUGGAAUAAGCUGAGAAGUGUGCAUUUGUUUGUACUUGUCCUUUGUUUAGGUUUAGUUUGCAGGCACCAGUGUGAGUCCAGGCUUUGUGAGCAGUUAAAGACCUGGUAGAAGAGUUCUGGCGGAUACAAAUUUCUUUGUAGAUGUUGCUUUUAGUCUUUUUCUUCUCCUUAUUAAGGUGAGCACAUUGAGCCUCUUGAGUCAUUUGUAAUAAAUCACAUCAGUUGUAGAGGGCCUGGGUUGUCCCAGGGCUUGGUGUGGAGCUCGACAUACCUCUCAGUGAUGAAGAUGUCACAGCCCUUCAGGGACCCAAUGUCAGUGUUUGGCCUAUCUGGUGGUGAAAAUAAAAUUGGUCCUCUGAACAGCAGCCCUCCAGCUUAUCCUCCACCUCCCAGGCUGCUAUCAACCGUGGGCCUGCUGAGAGUACACUCUGUCUCAUCAUCAAGGUUAUUAAUAAAGACAUUAAACACCAUCACCCCCUGAGGGAAACCACUAGUAAUUCCUUAUCACAAGUUUAAAUACGGCUCAGGUUCCAGAUUGCUCAAAGAUAUACUUGGCCGUGUCAUUCGGGACAUUGAAGCUAGGCAGUGUAAACAGGAGAAGGCCGAGUUUUUAAACAAAGUGUAAAAAUUCUUUCAGAGAAGGAGAUGCUUUCUGCAAAACAAAUGCUCGUGCACAAACCUGCAGUGGAACAAGGUGAGUUAAAUCUCAACUGUUUUUAAUGUGUGAUCACAGAACCAAAAACUGGUGCAGAUUGGAAGGGCCUUCUGGGUCCGUCUGGUCCAACCUCACCUCUCCAGCAGGAACAUCCAGAGCUUUUGAAUAUCUCCAAGGAGGAGACUCCACUGGGCAACUUAUUUCAUUGCUAAAUCUCAUGCACGCCGAGGAUGUGCUUCCUCAUGUUCACACAGAACUUCUGGUGUUCCAGUCUGUGCCCAUUGCCUCGUGUCCUGGCACUGGCCACCACAGCCUGGCCCUAUAGAUAAGGACCAUGUCCUAUGGACGGCUCUAUGUCCUUUUCAUACUGCACACUUUUGGAAUAUCAUCAUACCAAAUCAGCUAGAGACCAGAUUUAUGAGAAUGUUUAAGCAGCAAAUAAGAUUUUCAAGGUGUGAUUUUGCCAGUUAAGUUCAAUUGCAGUUGAUUUCAGCUAGACUGUCUUGUAAAUCUUGUUUGCUUUUUGGUUGCUUAUUUGCAUGUAUCAGUGUCCUAUCCUCCCUUUUGGGUGUUAUGAUUCAAUACAUCUUUUGACUUGUUGCUUUUCAGAUAGCUUUGGGGAAGCAGGUCUUGCUCUACUGCAUGCUUUGAACACUGCCACUGUGCAGUUUGAUGAUGGGUUUUGCAGGUGGAGAUCUAUGGACUCCCAGUAAUAGGAGGGUUGUAGCAACCCUUUGUUCUUGGAGAUUCCUCCACACUAAAGCCUAUUAAAAGAGAAAUGUAAAGUAGGGUAGAAAUCAUGUAAAAAUGCCUUAUUGAUAGAGGCUGUGAGGCUGAGAAAUUGAUCCAAGGAUGGCAAGGUUUGCUGCUUGGGACUCAUUAAUAAUAUGCAGUACAAAGCACUGUAAGGUCUCUCAUAAAGGUGUAUAGGUGUAGGGAACUGGGAUAGGCUUUCUCCUGAAGCUUCCAGAUUUUUGACUGUAAAAUAUGCUGAAUGAAUCUCACCCAAGAGAGCCAUCCCAGGUUUAGAAACAUGCAGCUCUGCACUGACAGCCAGCAUGAAUCAGGAUUCCUCACAUCCAGAAAGGAAUCUUUACUUGGAGUUUAUCUCCCAUCACUUUUGCCAUCUGAGCUGGAGCUGCUUAAUUCCCUUUGCAUGGCAAGAGAUGGAGGGCACAUUAUCUGAAGCCUUCUAGAAUGUGCUCUUAGAGUGAAAUGAAUGAGUGUCCUCUGAAUAUGCUGUUGUCUGCAGGACACAGAAUCAUAGAAUUAUAGAAUGGCCUGGGUUGAGAAGGACCACACUGCUCAUCUGGUUUCAACCCCCUGCUAUGUGCAGGGUUGCCAACCACCAGACCAGGCUGCCCAGAGCCACAUCCAGCCUGGCCUUGAAUGCCUGCAGGGAUGGGGCAUCCACAGCCUCCUUGGGCAGCCUGUUCCGGUUUGUCACCACCCUGUGAGUGAAAAAAUUCCUCCUAAUAACCUACCUAAACCUCCCCAUCUCAGUUUAAGACCAUUCCCCCUUGUCCUAUCACUAUUCAGCCUUGUGAACAGCCGUGACCAACUCUCAUCUAUAAACUUUGUAGUACUGUGAGCUAAAGCCAAGAAAUCUCAUCUUUUCUCUUAGAAGGACCAAAUAGGUUCGUUUUCUUAGUGCUUACUCGCCUGUGAGGAACAGCAGUUCACUGUAUUCCUACAUCAAAAGGCUGUGAUACGCUGCCAAAAGAUAACGAGAGGACUUUGGAACAGUUCUCACAAUGUGUGCAUUUGGUUGUUGGGUUUGGGUUUUUUUUGCAGUUGUUGUUUGGUUGGUUUUCUUUUGAGGGGACUUCUGAAAUUGCCAAUUGAGUCAUAACUACAGGAAGAGUUGGGUUGGAUGGAAAAGGAGAUCAUGGGCUGAGCAGUUCUGGGCUGGUAGGGUACGUGUGGCCGCAGUUUGUCUGGAACAUGAACCUCCUCUCUGCUUGAGGAGCUUGGUGAGGAUGGGGAUGUUCUCAUGAAGCUUCUUCAGAGCUCAGGGUUUGUGGGAUCUGUUGUGCCACAUAGAAUCCAUCACCAGUGUAGCUAGAGAUUUGAAGGGUCCUGCUGACCCCAGGGAAGCUUACUACAGUACACAUAUACCUCUGAUACAUCCUUGCAUGUAAGAAAGAACAGCAGAAGAGGAAAAUCGAUGCAGGGACCCAGAAAGGCAGAAAAAUAGAAGAGCUGAAGAGAAGUGAGGAUUCAGGUAAGAAAGGAGUGCAGAAGAGAAGAAUAGAAGAUUAGAGAGGAUAUAGUUAAGAAAGGUGCACUAGAGGAGAAUAGCAAAAUAAAGGGAGAGAGGAUAUAGGUAAGACAGAAGAGCAGAAGAGAUGACGAGAAGACAAGAGAGUAUACUUGGAAGACAGAAGAGCAGAAGAGGAGAAUGGGAGAGCAUAUAGAGAAGACAGAAAAGUAGGAGAAGUGGAGAAGAGAGGAUACAGGUAAGGGAGAAAAGCAGAAAAGCAGAAAAGGAGAAGAGGAGAGCAGCGGAUACCAUCAGAUGAAAGAGCAGAAGAGGAGUGGACUAGAAGAGGGGAAGAGAGGAUACAGAUGAAACAGAAAUGCAGAAUUAGAGAAGAGCAAAUCUUAGAAGUUGCCCUGUCCCCUUGUUUUGAGAUCUUCCAACUGUUCUCUAUUUGAUGAGGGGUUAUGACAUCUGAGAGACAUCAAAUAAGGUACAAGACAUAGAAUGCCCCAGAAAAGGUUUGAGAAGAAGUGUUUCAGCACCCAAGGGGUGGACAGGCGUUGUCAUGAUUAACUGAGAUCAUUUUGAGGAGCCUCCCAGGCGCUGAGAAUCCCAAUGUCUCUUUAAUGUUAGCAACUACUGACUGGGUCUCCCUUCAAGAGACCUAAGGGAACCAGGUGGAGUACAUUACAAAAUGCUUCUGCUGAGGUUGUGUUGUGGGGAAACUGGAGUUGUAUGUGACGUUGAGUGCACCUGGAGGCCUCUCAUUACUAGUCUGUUGAGUGUAGAUGUUCCUGUGUAACAGCCAGUUAAACAGAGGGCAGAGGGGCUGCCACAGUUUAAAAUUUGGAAAGAGGAAUUCUAAAUACAAAUCAAAGGAUAACUGCUGUCAGAGCAGCUUGUUUGCUCAGCCUAUCAGUUCACUGGCAGUGAGCUCAUACCCAGUUAUUGUCUCCUACAGACUGCAGAAGGAGAUUGGGAUGGCUGGGAGGCUUCAGAUCCUAUGGAAGCUGAGACCUCCAGUGACCCACAGUUGCUGCAGUAAAUCUCGCAGGGAAGAGUAGCUGCAAAGACACUCUCUCUGCAGCUAUGGUCUUUGUGGGAAGACCCUUAGUUCCUGAUAUUUGAGAAGGUGUAUGCAGUAGGCAUCACCUCAGAAGGUCGCUUUCAUCUGGAAUGGAUGUCGUUGGUGAUUAUUCUGCUGCAGGCUGUGUCAUUGCCUCCCCAUUAAUUGCUGGGUUCAGUUUUCAACUGCAUUCAGAGACCAGAGUGUUUUCUCCAAAAUCUUGUUCUCUUCUGGGACUCUGAACAGCUUCUGACAUCCACAGAGGUCAGUGACUCUUGGGAUCCUGUCUCAGCAUCCCUCUCAUGCUCCUUUAGACCCAUAUGGGCUGUGACAGUGUAGCCAGAGGGUCUGAUUCCUGACAAAUAAUCCCCACCAAGCUCUCCACCCAGCAUUACCAGGUAUAAAGGCAGAUAACUAGCUGAGGUCCAAGCUUUGCAGGAACCAGCUCUGGGAGAGUGGUUUGGUGGAACAGUGAAUCUGUUUAACAGUGGUUCACCAACAGUAGUGUGUCCCUUCCUAGCAAUCUGUGCCCAGAACUCCUGUCCUUCCUCUUGGAGACUCCCAUCAGCUCCAGGUCAACACGUAGGCACCGCUGAGAGUCCCUCACCCAAGCCCACGUCCUGACAGCUGGGCUGGAAGGCAGCUGCUGGGCCUGAGCUGCUUCCUGACCAGCGUCUGGCAUGGCGUUAACCAUUAACUCCUUGCUCCAAAGCACGCUGGGAACACUGUUGUUUUUUAAGGCACUGCAAAAUUGCUUUGUCCUUUCCUGCGACAUUCCGGUGACGUUUCUUGCUGGGAUCCUGCCUGGAGCUGGGCAGCCUUUCCUGUUUGCAGCCAAAGCAGUCGGCCUCUCAACAGAACCGUGGGCCACGUGGCCUUCGUGGUCUGAGCUGUCCCUCAGCAGAAGGAGUAUGGGGUGUGUUCUAUGCACAGGAGGUGCUUGGGGUGCAUGGUGGGUGCCCACUGUAUGCCAUGGGUCCCUGCUUGUGUCACAGACCCCUCUGCUCAUAAGGAAAUGCAUCAGUUUUGAUCAAAGGCUUUGUACUGGGGCACUGCAGUCUCCUUUCCCGGCGCUGUCUCCUCCCCACAUCCGGCUCUUCACCUCUUGGCACUGUGAAAUAGGAAACUCCGGAGUGUUUCCUCUGCGGGGAGUUCCAGCAGAAAUGCUGGAGCCACGUCCUGCUUCGAGGCAGACCGCUGAGCCAGGGCACAGGUCUGAGAGCUGCAGUCACCUCCCCUUCAGCCCAGACGGUCAACAGUACCCUGGGCUGCAUCAGCAGAGGGGUGGCAGUGGCAAGGGGGGGAUUGCACCCGCUGCUCUGGCCUCGUGAGGCCCUAUCUGGAGUAUUGUGUUCAGUGCAAGAGAGACAUGGAGGUGCCCAAGUCCAUAGAAGGGGCCCUGGGCAGCCUGACCUGGUGGGGGGCAACCAGCCCACGGCAAGGGUUGGGGCUGGGGGGGGGGGCAUGAGGUCACCCAACCAUUCUCUGGUUCAAUGAUUCUGUGUGCUUACGUUAGCCCUUGUACAUGAAUGCAUGGCUGGGAUCUGUCUUAAGCCCAGGAUGGCUCAGUGCUAAUGCCCACAGUCAGAGGGGACUUCCUUGUUCUCCCAGCAGCUGUCCUGGCCCACUCACAUUGUCCCCAGCUCUCACUAAUACGUCUCUGAGCUGGGAAGAGAGUUGCAUUUACUGCAUCACAGCUUGCCCAUGUGUUGAAAUUGCUGCUCCUUAUCCCUGGCAACAGGGAGUAGAAAGUGUGAGUGCUUGCAGCUGCUGUCUCCUGGGUGCCUGAGUGGGUGGCAGCUGAGGGCACUGACAGCUUCUGAAAGAGGAGGGAGAAACUUGAAACUCCACUGACAGAGCGUCCUCGGGAUGUGACUGCAGCUCAGGUAAGGUUGGAUGCUGAGUGACGUGGGCUGCAGGAGGAGUACUGGAAGUGCUGGGCAGUGCUGGCUGGCAGUAGCUGUCCCUAACUGGCACUCAGAAACGUUUAAAUAGGAAAAAUAUAUAAAUAUUUGCAAUUAAUUUAUACAGUGACUAUAGAUGUAUUCUGAGCUCUUGUAAUCACUUUAAGCAUUUUGUUUCUUUCAGAUUGAGCCACCUCUCUUCAAAGGAAGUAUAACACACCGGGAACACGCAUUAAGCACUUGGAAUCAUCCAAGCUCCCAAUUCAGAGGAACAGAAAAUAAACAUGGCAGAGUUUACAGGUUAUAAGGAGACCUCCAAUCGGCACCUGAGGUUCAAGUUGCAGAGUCUUAGCCGCCGCCUUGAUGAACUGGAAGAAGCAACGAAAAAUCUCCAGAAAGCAGAGGAUGAGCUGCUUGAGCUCCAGGACAAAGUGAUCCAGGCAGAAGGCAGCAAUUCCAGCAUGCUGGCUGACAUCGAGGCCCUGCGGAAAAGAGUGCUAAAGAUUGAAGGCAAGGAUGAGGAAAUUAAGAAGGCUGAAGAGCUUUGCAGGUUAAUGAAAGAAAAGCUCGAGGAGGAGGAGAGCCUCACCCGAGAGCUGAAGUCAGAAAUUGAGCAUCUGCAGAAGAGAAUGGCAGAGCUGGAGAAACUGGAGGAGGCCUUUGGCAGGAGCAAGAACGACUGCACGCAGCUGUGUCUCAGCCUCAACGAAGAAAGGAAUUUGACCAAAAAGAUAUCGACGGAGUUAGAAAUACUUCGAGUGAAAGUGAAAGAACUCGAAGCGUCUGAAGAGAGGAUGGAUAAAACCGAGCAGAGCUUAACAGGUGAGUUAGAAAAACUGAAGUCUUUAGCACUGAGCUUUAUCAGUGAGAGAAAACAUUUUAAUGAAAGAGAAAAGCAGAAUGAAAAAAUAAUCCAGGAGCUCACACUGAAACUGGAGCAAAACAAUAAGCUAAACAGGGCCGAUCAGACUAGGAAUGCAUCCAACUUGCUGGAAAGGUCAUCAAACAAUCUCCUGGACAGGAAUGAUUUAAGAAUUGAAGAUGAUUUGACUUCUGCGUUGCCUUCUAAAGAAACCAGGCGGAAAGGAAGCGUAGAUUACCUAAAGCAUGUAGAAAAUGAAACCAGGAAUAAGUCGGAGAACCAAAAGAAUAAAAAUCAGGAAGACAACAAAGUGAAAGAUCUCACCCAAGAAAUCGAGAGACUCAAAACUCAGAUCAAACGUUUUGAAUCCUUAGAAGAGGAACUUAAAAAAAUGAGAGCCAAAAACAACGACCUGCAAGACAGUUACUUGAGCGAACAGAAUAAAAACAAACUUCUCACUGGUGAGUUAGAAGAAAUAAAAAUGCAAAUAAAGAAACAAAAAGAUCUGGAAAAUGGAGAGGUCGAAAAUGAAGACACAAGCUUCUCUGGCAGGGGAAAACAUGACAGAGCUAAAUACAGAGUUGUUGCAGCAGAUUUCACAGCUGCCAAGCACAAACCAAGGGAGGUUUCGCCCCAGCAGCGCCGGGAGAGAGUGAGAAACAGAGAUUUCUCCUUCAGCAAUGACAGCUCCAGCCAUGGUGGUAAGCAGACACCCAGCCCGAGCUUAAUGAGCAGGAAGGCAGGAAAGACAUCAGGUGCAGCUGCCCUUGCAGAUGCUGCUGCAACAGAUACGAAAAAACUGGAAGAGAAAUGUUUGGUUUCCACUUUUUCAUCUGGUCAGAAGGAGGCUUCCUUCACACAGAACGAGGGGAAGAGACCCAAAGAGCAGCCCUCUGUCCUCAGUCGCUACCCCCCUGCUGCUCAUGAGCAGAAAUCUUGGAAAACACCUUCCAAACCCGUUAGUGACCUGAGAUCCAAGGCUGAAAAACCAUCUCAGGCAACCCGCGGCAGCUGCCAGAGCGGCGCAGACACACGGGAUGAAAAGUCGAGCAGAGGGGAAUCGGUGGCUUCGUUAGCUGAGAAGCUGAAGACAAAUCAGGGAGAGGUGAGCGAUGCCGUGGGGGACACACAGCAAUCCAGGGGGCACUGCGCCUCUGCCAACGGCGUGGCCACCGCAUACAGGUGCCACAUCUCGCCGGCAGAGUCGGACCCUGUUGGCUCCAAGGCAGAAGCAGGGAAUGCCUCGACUGCGUCGCACCGACAGCCCUUGGAGGGAAGGACUAAAAGAGCAGUCAUCUCCCAGGAGAAGGAACUCAUUGAUGUGUCCCUUGAAAGCGUGAAAGCGUCGCCGCUAACGAAGCGCUCUCAUCGCUCAAGGAGUCAGGAGGACAUCCUGCAGAUUCUAAAAGAGGACGCAGAGCAGUCUGCAGCAGCAGGCCAUGUAAAUGCUAGCUUAAAAGCAGGCUCCAAAACCGUUCAGAGUAGUCAUGAAAAACUUAAUUCAGACGAAGAAGCAGGGAGAAGUAAAAAAGCAAACACUCAGUCAGAUUUUGAGACAAGAAAGAAAGCCAAUUCCAAGCAGUUCUCCAAUUCCAGGGGAGUUUUUAGAGCAUCUCUCUUUGAAAAUGACAAAAGUACUGCGCACGAUGAGGACUCCUCUAAGUGUAUAAAACCAUCAGAUGCCGACACUGGGGGACUGAAAUCCAGAAGGUCGUUCAGCCCAAGAGAAGCUCUGAGAUCCAAAGCCAUCAUUAAACCUGCCAUCGUGGAGAAGGACAUGAAGGCCAUCAUGGGAGGGGCUGUCACCGAGACAGAGUCAGAAAAGCAGAAGUCUGUUAUUAAAGCGGUCACAAAUAAAAUGACGAGCAGCAUCACAAUCUUCCCUUCUGAGCCAACAGUUCCAAGGCCCAGUACAGACACAGCAGGAAAGGAAAGGCAUAUUACCACCAGCAACAUCAGGGUUGCUCCAAAUGAACCCUCCCCGAUAACGAACAGCCUCCCCCAGCCUUUUGAGGUCUCAGUUAAUAGAAGCGCCCUGAAAUUAUCUGAGACCGACAGAAGUGGAGAUGCGGUGCUGAGAAGUAGAACAGAAACGGUGGUGUCCAGGAGUAGCAUUGUGAUAAAGACUUCUGAGCCCCCCGAGAGGAGCGGUGAGCUCCCGUUGGACACAGCCAGCUCGAGGAGCCACGGCUCUCCAGAUUCCAUUUCAUCUGAAACCAAACAUGUCACGCUGAGAAGUUCCUGGAGAACAAGGCAAGGCUUACCUUCCCUGGAGGACUCUCAAAUAAAAGUGGAGAAAAACGCAGCUUCCAGCCCUACGAACGCAUGCAGGUCUUCAGUGGACCUCUCUGAGAUGGAAGGGAGCAGCACACGAACAAACUCCUUGGAGCAAAGCUCAGCGCGGAGCGGUGCCACCACCAACUCCUGGAGCGCCCCUGAGAUGGGCUCCCGAAGGACCAAAAGUAACUUAAGUGCAUCCGAACUGCUGACACGCAGGAGCUACACCAGUGAUCCCACCACGGCUUCCCCCUGGCACCGCACCACAUUACCUGAUGAAAGCAAAGAUUUUGUCUCCAGUUCCAGAAGAAAACAGUACGGCUCCUCUGAGUACCUCUCGCAGGCGGACACGGCGGGGAGAAGGGCGGUCCCCCCCCCGGAGCAGCUGCAGGACCCCACUUCCAACCCCAACAGCCCACCAGGGCUCCAGGCAGAAGAUCAGGGUGCUUCCCGUGUUGGCCGACCGACGUCCCGGAGAUGAGCUGAGCUCUCUUCCACCAAACCAACACGGCAUAACAGAGCGAGACAGGACCGUACCGAGCUCACGGGUGUCACAUCUGUUUGUAACCUCUCCAAAAGCUUCAGCCAGCCAGAAAACAGUUUUCUGACACCGUCUGUGAGGUACAAGAGCUUUACCAGUGAAUUUUUUCCCUUGUUGCUGAAGAGGCAGCUGCAGAGACUUUGCUCAGGGGACUCCCACUUCUCACCUCUGUACCUGCAAUCCUCACCUUCUCCAUAGGACACAGCUCUGUCUCCGUAUGGAAACACUGACUUGUGUACCAGCCAUGCUUUCAAACAGUACAAAGGUACUCCUCGGACCAGAGAGAACAUCUCGUCCAUCACCCACAUACAGAUGAGAUGCAGGAGGUGUCCCUGUGACUGCAGCUGGGAUGGCCGUCCUACGCAGCGCUCAGCUCCUCCAGGAGCCCACGAUCUCCACUGCACACCUCACCUUCCUCUGCUCACACUCACCCCAUGCCUGCAUUCCUGUCUGUAGGUGGGAAGAAAGUGCUCUCUGGUUGUUUUGACGUGCUAACAGGGCAGGAGGGCGGAACAGCUUUGGGAACAGCUUCUUCCCUGUCGCUGUCCCUGCAAGGAGCUGACAGCAGCUGAGCUCUGAUGCUCAGUGAUCACUGCACCAACCACACAGCAGUGCACACAGCAGCAGAUGUGCUCCUGGUUUGGCCCAGGGGGGGGCUUUUCACCCACAGCUUUAUGGCCAUUGUGCUGCACAGCAACAACUCCACUGCGAGCUCUGAGCUGCCGAGAUCCAAGGGAUGCAGAAAGGAGGGCUUUUCUUCUGGUUGGAGAAGCAGAAUGUCCUCAUUCCUUCCAAAAAGAGGGAAAAUAGCAGAACUGGGCCCCAUACUGAGCUCCAGGAUGGCCAGGGGGCUGCCCCAAACUGCCCCCCCCCCCCCUUCAGGAGCCCCAUCUGGGACCUGGGUACAGUCAGGGGCUGCGGGGCUCUGUUCCCUUCUCAGUGCCACUGACCUCAGAUGGCAGCAGUGCUGGGGUCACCCCACAGCUCCACACACCCAUAAGGUGAGGGGACUGCAUGUCACACCACUGCAGCUCUGUGCCCCCCUCCCUCCUCCCAUGGGCUGUUUUUGGGGCUGCGCUGCACAACCACCUCCCAGGAGGUGCUUCAAUCACAUUAUUUUGCUUUUAGUUUUUUUUUUGGGGGGAGGGGGGGGUUGUUUUUUUUUUUUUAAUAAAGAUUGGCUGGAGGAGGAAAAAAGGUUAUUUUUGGGAAAAAAAGAAAGUUUCCAGUUUCCUCCCAGCAGUUUUAGACGUUGUCCCAAACCUGCACUUUUCAGCAUUUCAGUUUCUUCUGUUUUGAGAUGUGUCCAUGCAUCAGGUUGCAUCAGGCAAUGCUCUUAAAUGAGUCCUGCAGCAGCUCUACUCACCCUAAAUUAUAUUAAAUGAUAUCACAUGCUGUCUCCUGCUGUUCCGUGGGGUGGGAGAAGAGGGCUGUGUGCAGCUGCUGUCAUAACAAAACAGCCCCAAACCACAAACCGAACUGAAAGAAAUGGAAGCUCUGCUGUUCAAUGCAGAACGUGCUGCAUUUCUCCUCCCAUCACCCGCAACGCUGGUCCUGAAAUGCUGAAAAUCGGUGUUCCACCACCUGAGAGCACUGCAGGCUCUGUGUGCAAAGCAGGAGGGCAACCCUGCACUGAAGGAAAGGAACAGCCCGAAGGGGAGGACGGCUCUGAGCAGCUGCUGUGCGGCUGCUCCCCACUGACAGCCCCACGUUUUGCAGCACAGACCUCCAGCUGUGAGCUCUGUAUGCAGAGGUGCCACCCAACCUCAUUCUGCCACAGUUCAGUCCGAGAAGGAAAAACCUACAGUUUGAGAGAGGGGCUCUGCCCCACCAUGGCGAGUGCAAUAGGAGCUGAUUGUAUUAUUAUAGCGAUGACUUCAGGAAACACGAUGUGUUCUGACUCAAAUUGCACACUUUUUUCUUUUUUUUGUUUUUUUUUGUUUUUUUUUUUUUUUGGACAGCUGUAAAAUAGUGUAUGUGUACAUAUUGCCACCACUGAAGAAAUAUUUGUAAUUUUAGCAUAUAAAUAUAACAGGCUUUUAGAGGACCUGAGGCCACGAGGGUCAUUCCAAAGGUGUAAAUGUAUUUGCUGCGGCAGCGCUCCUUCGUCGGAGUAAAGGAGACACUGCAGUGCCCCCACUGCACUCUGAUGGAGACCCAUUUCCACACAGCCAACAGCUCUGCGAGAGAACAGAGGGGGAGCAGCGCUGCUCCCGGUGCUGUGGAUGGAGCUGCAAUCACACACUGCAGUACAGCCCUCAGCUCUGCCCCCUCGCACAGCCCAGGGCCACCUCUGCUGGCGGUGAAGAGAUCUUUGCUGCUGCAGCUGAUGGAAAGGACCCGGGUGGGAGAGGGCGCUCGGGGCUGCAUGGAAUGUAUUUUUAAAGAGGAAAAUAUAUAUAUAUUAAUCUAUUUUUUUGUAUUUGCAGACAUAGAUUUGGGCUGGGGCGGCUUAGAUAGAGGGCAAUAACGCAAUAAAUGUUUUCAUAACCACAGAGGCAGGGAGCAGCUCUCCCCCUGCUCACCUCCCCCCGUCCCGGUGCUCGCAGUCUGCAUGCCACAUGUAACCACACUUCUCUGCAUGUCUCUCCUGACUCGAACACUGUCAGCUCUACAGUAUAUAACCAAUAAAACUCUUCUCUUUUUA